AUGGAGCCAGCAGCGACCGUACUGGGACAUCCCGAAGCCCGCGAUGGUGAGAGUGCCAUCGAUCUGCAAGAGUGGGUGCCACUGGAAAGGUCCAGUUUUUUUGGAGGGGAAGGUGAGGAAAGUCUCGGUCAAGCAGAAUUGGAAGGAGAGGGGUCCAGCUCUUUGUCAGAGGAGGGUGAGGAAAGUCCGGGUCAGGGAGAAUCUUUAGUAGAGUCGAUAGCCGAGAUCAUCUCGAAAAUGGAGCCCACACGGACAGAGGCCGUCCGAGCCACUCGUGUCCAUAAUGCACUUCGCUGCCUGGCCAGGCCCCUGAGAUAUCGCGGCGAUUUCUAUCAUCUGAGUCAAAGCACAUCUCGUUUGGAUGCGUUUUGGUCCCACAGCUGGCACGGUUCCGUUUCAGGAAAGGUGGCCACUUUGUUCUUCCUGCACAAUGCCAGGGCCGCAACCACGGCAGGCACGGGAGCAGCGGUCGUUGCUUGCCUCGCUUUCGGAUUGGGCGUGCUUCCGGAUCGUGAUGGCGACAGCUGGUGGUGCCUGAGCUUUGGAUGCAUCGCCUAUUCGCUAACAAUGCUACUUUGGCGGCCUCGAGAGUUGGUGUUUGUCGAUCGUGUCUGCAUUUCUCAAGUGGACCCUAAACUCCAAGCAGAGGGCACCUUCAGCCUGGGGGCCAUACUUAAACGCACCGACACUCUGCUGGUGCUUUGGGAUCCGUCUUGGGCUCGUCGACUGUGGUGUGUAUACGAGCUAGCUGCCUUCAUCCGCAGCCGGACCCCAGGCGAGAAGCCACGGAUCAUCAUCCGGCCAACCAUUCUGGGAUUCAUCAUGGGUGCUGCCUGGUUUGCGCUGGCCCUUGGAGGUUUCGCUUUCCACUGGGCUCACAGCAUUGAAGUGGAUUCUUCGAGCGGGCUCAACGAUUUUGCGUUGCUGUUCAUUGGGAUUGCUUGCUGCGGUUUAUUUUUCUGGUACAUUGUGCACAUUGCCCGUGAGUACUGCCGUGAAAUCACCAUCAUGUACCAGCACAUCAGACACUUCCGUGUUGCAACGGCCGAAAGCUUAUGCUGUGCCGUAAAUCACCGGCUAUCCGGCAGUGACGAGCCCAUCAUGUGCGACCGAGAGGUGAUGCAGAAAUGCAUCAACAUUUGGUUUGGUGGCAUCGAGGCCUUUGAACAGCAUGUUCAAAGCGACUUAUGUGAUUUGUUGGUGGAUCAGCUUGCCAACCACAUGGUUUCAUACUGGCGUUUAGCCGAGGCCUCUCCUGUUUUCUUCUGGUUUUUUCUUGACAUCGUGGCACAUCACCUGUGCUAUUUUGUUAAGCAUGUUGCAGAAGAUGGAUCGUUCCCAUGGGGAAUCUUGAGGCUGUUCGCGGGCCUGUCUUUCUGGCUGGGACUGGUUCCGAUCCUCGUCCGCGUGAUGUUUCGCCUGGCUUGGGCUAUGCAGGCGAAGUGUGCCUGUCGACUACUGGAUUACUUCAAGUCCCUGUUUCUCUUGCUGCCAGGGGUCUCCAUCUUCGGUGCCUUCGUUUUUCUCGAUUAUUUCCUAACCGUGCACCUUCCGUAUGAUUUGGGUUCGCUCACCUUCGCCCUCAUCACGAUUCCUCUAGCUGCACUGGUCUGGCAAAGCCUGCCAGUACCUGUGCCAGACCGCAACUGA